UUCCUAUCUCCAUGGAUCCAAUUACCCAGUGUGUUCCAGAAGAUACUUUAAAAAAAUAUAUAUAUAUAUAUUUUUUUUUUAGUUUUAAGUGGAUACAAUAUCUUUAUUUUUAUGUGGUGCUGAGGAUCGAACCCAGUGCCUCACACGUGCUAGGUGAGCGCUCUACCACUUGAGCCACAUCCCCAGUACUCUUAAGUCAUUGUAAUAAAUUCUCUUUUAUGCUCUAAAAAAAGGAGAAGACGAAGAAGUAAGAAAUCAGAGGGCCAUGGGCUGGGGUUGUGGCUCAGUUGGUAGAGUUUUUGCCUAGCAUGAGUGAGGCACUUUAGAUUAGACUAAAGACUAAAAAAAGAAGAAGAGGAGGAAAAAGAGAGAGGAAGGAAGGAAAGGAGGAAGAAAAAGAAUUAAGGAAUCAGUAGCUCAGUAUCUUACAACCUUUAAAAAUCUUUUUUUUCUUUUUUCUAAGUGAGCACCACAUAUAAUAAAUAAAGGUCAAUCAACAACUAAAAACAAUUUUUUUAAGAAAUCAAAGGGCCAGAUAUUUUAAUGGGACAGCAGAAGCCUGGAAUUCUGUCCUACCUUCUUUUCUCUAGUGAAGAGAAAAUAAAUCCAAUGCAUUGAAGUUUUCAUAACUGCCAUAUUGUUAAGGUAAUUCUGGGAGGGCAGAAGAGUAUACAUGGCCCUGAGUGAGUGACUAGCACAAAGUCACACAGGAGCAGUCAGAAUGUCCAGGUGGUAGCCCAGAGGCUCACCUGACCCAGGACUGGACAUUCUUCCCUGUCAUCCCCUCACACUCAUCCAGACCGCAUCUCUCUCACCUCUGAGUUUCUCAUAUGGAGUCAUCAAGUCUCAUGAUGAUUUAUUGUCCUGAAGAGUCCCUCUGCUCCCCAGCACCCCAGGAAGACUAAACAUCAAACAUGAUCUUGGGCCAGGCCAAGUGGUACAUGCCUAUAAUCCCAGCGGCUUGGGGGGCUGAGGCAGGAGGGUUGCGAGUUGAAAGUCAGCCUCAGCAAUUUAAUGAGGCCCUAAGUACUUAGUGAGACCCUGUCUGAAAAUAAAAUAAAAUUUUAAAGGGCUGGGGGUAUGGUUCAGUGGUUAAGCACUCCUGGGUUCAAUACCUGCUAUCAAAAACAAACAAACAAAUCUUCGGUACCGGGGGGCAGAAUGCCUGGCCCAUCCUUCUUGAGUGGCAUCCCCAGCACUGCAAAAAAGGAAAAAACAAAAACAAAAUCCCCAAACAUUAUCUUAAUUAGCCAGCAGAGGACAAGAUGUUGAAUAUGUUGGAAUCCUUGAAAAAGCCUCACUCUUUUACCUACCCACCUUGCAUGUUGUCCUUUACCCAGUGCAGCUCCUGCUGCAUACAGAGAGAUGGCCAAUGAAAGGUGAUGACCGAGUGGGGCAUUUUUCCAGUUGGGACUGAGAUCAUGGGGAGACAGGACGAGGUGUGGUGACAGCAUGUCUCAGGGCCCACAGCUCUGAAACAGGGUUUGGGGAAUAGAGGAGAGGGUGGGGUGCUGUUGAACUCUGGCUACACAGAUCCGAGUGGGAAAGGUGAAGUGGCAGUGUGGGUGACACAGGUGGAAGGACGAAAUAAUACAGAGCAGAAUAAGAAGGCAUGUCCAGGUCCACCCAGGUCCCCACAGGCCCAGCAUUCCCUGCAGGGGGCGAACAGGAAGCUGUGACUUCCUCUCUCCUUUCCCUCUCUGGGCUUACCCUCAAGGUUAUUUGCUGCUGAGAUGAAUUCCAACCUGUGUUUUAGUUGGCACUGUGCCCUGGGCAUGAUGACAAUAGCUGCUCAGUGUCCAGCUCCCCUGCACCACAAUCGCCCCAAACUUCUCCUUUGAAAUAGCAGUCAUUCCUGCACAGACAUACAAAGUGCUGUCUCACACGUAUUAACUUAAUUCAUUACACCAAUUUUGUUAGAGAUUUUUUUUUUUUUAAACUGGGGAUUGAACUCAGGAGCACUUAACCACUAAGCCAUACCCCCAGUCCUCUUUUAUAUUUUAUUUAGAGACAGGGUCUCACUAAAUUGCUUAGUUCCUCGAUAAGUUGCUGAGACUGACUUUGAACUGGUGAUCCUCAUGCCUCAGCCUUCUAAGACACUGGGAUUACAGGCGUGUACCACCAUGCCCAGCCAGAGACUUUUAUCUGGAAAAAAAAAAAAAAAAAAAAUUCCCCUACUGAGAACUGAAUCCAGGGCCUUGCACGUGCUGAGUAAGUAAGCACCCUGCCACUGAGCACUGAGCUGUACCCCCUCUCUCUCCACAUUUUCUUUUUUUUUUAAGCUGGGUCUUGCUAUGUUGCCUAGGGAACCUCAAAACUCCUGGAUUCAGGUGGUCUUGCUACCUCAGCCUCCUGUGUAGCCAGGACUACACGUGUGUCACCACGCCUAGUUAAUCCUGAAAAUUUUGUUUUGUUUUGUGGUGCUGGGAUUGAACCCAAGGUCUCGUAUCACUGAGCUAUAGCUCCAGUUCUUUUUAUUUUGGAGGGACAGGGUCUCACUAAGUUAUUCAGGCUAUCCUUGAAUUUGGGAUCCUCCUGUCUCAGCCUCCUGAGUAGCUGGGACAACAAGUAUAUGCCACUGCACUUGGUUAACUCCUGGAACUUUUAAGCAAAGAAAUAAGCUCAGGAAGUAAAAUAACUCACCCAAAGGCACACAGCUAGUGAGUAGCAGAUGUGAGACUCAAGACCCUCUGCUCCCUCUUCUCAGACACUUGUCCUGAUUCCUGCCUCUGUGUCCACUCCUUGCCCCUCCCCUGGGCCCCAAGAGAGCACUUUCUGCAGAGGGACUCUGCACACGGUUGGGAGUAGAGGGAAGCCAGGAGCAUUGGCACACACCUGGGAUUACAGACUUGAGAGGCUGCGGCAGGAGGAUCACAGUUUGAGGCCAGUCUGGGCAUUUUGGGAGAGACCUUCUCUCAAAAACAAAAACAAAAAAAUCCCCCAACAAUAGAAAAGGCUAGGGAUGUAGCUCAAUGACAGAACGCUUGCCUAGCAUGGAUGAAGCCUUGGUUUGACUCCUGUUAUUCCUGAGCUGUCUCCUGGAGCGCCCUCCACAGUGAAGUCAUGCCCUCUUCUCCCCUUCCUCAUUGCACAGAUCUCUCUCUCUCUCUCUCUCUCUCUCUCUCUCUCUCUCUCUCUCUCUCUCUCCCUUCCCCCCACCCCACACACACACCCAGGUUUCAGGUCCCUCUUGGUAUGCCCCACCCACCACUGGACUGGCCCAACAGGGAGCAGGCAGCUGUCCUCACACCCCUCCCUCUGAGGUGUGGGUGUGGGCUGCAGCUCCUGGCUGGCGGCUAUAGGCCGCAGAGAAGCACUCACACCCUGAGCCUCCCGCUGAGCGCCUCAGUGGCCCCUGCCAGCCUGGCAGGCACUUGCUGGCUCUUUAUUCAGCAUCACCAACCUCCGAUGCCCUGCGAUGCCCACACCCAACACCUCCUCCCCUCUACCCACGUUCUUCUGGGUCAACGCCUCUGGAGGCAGCGCGCUGAGUGCCGAGGAUGCUGGGAUGCCCGUGCAGUUCCUCGCCCUCAGGGUCACGGUUGCUUUGGCCUACGGGAUGGUAGGGGCCGUCGGCUUGCUGGGCAACUCGGCUGUGCUGUGGGUGCUGGGCAGCUGCGCGCGGGGAGCCCCUGGCCCACCUUCCGACACUUUCGUCUUCAACCUGGCUCUGGCGGACUUGGGGCUGGCCCUCACUCUCCCCUUCUGGGCGGCAGAGUCAGCACUGGACUUCCACUGGCCCUUUGGAAGUGCCCUUUGCAAAGUGGUCCUGACGGCCACUGUCCUCAACAUCUACGCCAGCAUCUUCCUCAUCACAGCACUGAGUGUCGCCCGAUACUGGGUGGUGGCCAUGGCUGCGGGGCCAGGCACUCACCUCUCACUCUUCUGGGCCCGUGUGGCCACCCUGGGAGUGUGGCUGGCGGCGGCUCUGGUGACAGUGCCCACGGCCAUCUUUGGGUCUGAGGGCGAGGUGUGGGGUGUGCGCCUCUGCCUGCUGCGCUUCCCCAGCAGGUACUGGCUGGGGGCCUACCAGCUGCAGAGGGUGGUCCUGGCUUUCGUGGUGCCCUUGGGCGUCAUCACCACCAGCUACCUGCUGCUGCUGGCCUUCCUGCGGCGGCGGCAGAGGCGGCGGCAGGACAGCAGAGUUGUGGCCCGCUCUGUCCGUAUCCUGGUGGCCUCCUUCUUCCUCUGCUGGUUCCCCAACCAUGUGGUCACUCUCUGGGGUGUCCUGGUGAAGUUUGACCUGGCGCCCUGGAACAGCACUUUCUACACCAUCCACACCUACGUCUUCCCCGUCACCACGUGCCUGGCACACAGCAACAGCUGCCUCAACCCCGUGCUCUACUGUCUCCUGCGCAGAGAGCCGCGGCAGGCCCUAACAGACACCUUCAGGGACUUGCGCUCAAGGCUGUGGCCCCAGGGCCCAAGCUGGGAGGAACAUGUGGCCCUAAAGGAGGUAGGCAGGCAGUGGGCAGCCAGUACGCCCCAGGAGAGUGGUCCUUCUGCCAUGCUCAUGAACGGGGACAAAGGGACACCUGGGUGAAGGGUACAGCAGGUGCAGGAUCCACACAUUCUAAGCUGCCCUGGGCCAGGCUGCAGUGUCCUGUGGGAAAGUCUGACCUUUGAUCACCAACUCUGGGUGUGGUGGAAUGGGGGAGGCCAGGGCCUGGGGCCAGGGGAGAAGGGCUGGGGCAAUGGCUCACAGAGGUGGGAAAGAGGAGGAACCGAGAAUAAACCUCUGUCACCUACAGGUGUCUUGACCCUUCAUCCUUGCUCCGCCUCCAGGACAGUGCAAGAAUUCUCAGGACAUUUUCCCCGUAGGGGUCUAGGCUCAUGGAUCAGAGGUCAGUUCCCAGCCAAUUCAGGAAGAUGGAAAAUGCUCCCCUACCUAAGUAUCCCUCUUCCCACCUCCAGCAGCCUGCGGAUAUUGGCUCCUCUGGGGGCAUCUUGGCUUUAUGGGAACCGGAGGAUUUCAAUAAUGGAUGAGAUAAAGCCCCUUGGAAGAUCCAGAUGCGGGUUAGUGUCUCCAUGCAACCUCAAGUCUUCCUAAGCGGGCUUUUGAGCCCCCUUCUUCUCAUCUCACCCCGCAGGCUCCAGCAGUGUGCACAACCAGCACGGACACAGCCCCAUGCUCUCCACCCCUGGCCCAAAUAAAGGGUGUUAACUAGAAA